UUAUGCUCCUUUCUUCACCCCAUCUCUCCCUCUCGCUCUCUCACACGCGCGCGCGCACAGCCCUCUGCUCUCCCCUGACGCGUCCCUUAAGUGUCUGGAUAAUAGAUAAUAGAGUCGACGACCUGCGGGGUUCUCACAAAAACAGCGCUCCUGCCAGCGGACGGACGCACACACGGCGCGCAGACGGCGAGGGGAGCUGACCUCCCACACCCACUGAGCCGCCGCGUUGACGCGGAGAGACCCGGAGGACCGCUCGACUCCUGCGCGCAGAGGCGGACUUUUACGCGCAGCCAAAUCCUCCAGCAGAGACCUCGCUCCAGCCGCGGGAGCGUCUCCGGGAGCGGACGCGACUCCAGGGGCCCUUAGGUUACACCGCACUGGUCGAUAUAACGGGAAAGCUGCUCUUCUGCUAAUCUGAUGGCUCAGAACUUUGGAUCAGAGCCGUCAGCUGGAGACUGAGAUGAAGACUCUCCACGCAGCCCCGUAAACUUUAUCAUUAAAGUACCGUUAACCGCAAGAAUUUAAACUUCGAGAAAACAGGAGCCAGUCAUGCCCCGUCCUGGGAAGAACUCCUACAGCGACCAGAAGCCCCCGUACUCCUACAUAUCUCUGACGGCAAUGGCCAUCCAGAACUCCUCCGACAAGAUGCUGCCCCUCAGUGACAUUUACAAGUUCAUCAUGGACAGGUUCCCGUACUACCGGGAGAACACGCAGAGGUGGCAGAACUCCCUACGACACAACCUCUCCUUCAACGACUGCUUCAUCAAGAUCCCCCGGCGGCCCGACCAGCCGGGAAAGGGCAGCUUCUGGGCGCUGCACCCGGACUGCGGCGACAUGUUCGAGAACGGCAGCUUCCUGCGGAGGCGGAAGCGCUUCAAGGUGCUGCGCGCCGAGCACAUGGCCUGCAAGAGCUCCCCGAUGAUGCACUACUUCCACCACCACCACCACCACCACCACCCGGGCGGCAAGCUGGGCCCGGCGUCCGGCCACCACGACCACGCGGCCGGUCCGGCCGGCGCCGCGGGCCGCCUGCCCCACUUCCAGGGCUACGGGGGCAUCGCUUGCGCGCAGCCCGGCGGCUUUAAGCACCCGUUCGCCAUCGAGAACAUUAUAGGACGGGACUACAAGGGGGUGAUGGCCAGCGGACUCCCCCUCACCUCGGUGAUGCACCACCUGGGCUACCCGGUGCCCCCGCAGCUCAGCAGCGUGGUCAACUCCAUGUGGCCGCACGUCGGGAUGCUGUCGGAGUCCGUGGGCGGCGUGUCGAUGCCCUCCUCGUCCGAGUACGCGCCCUUCGCGGUGUCGGCGAAGGGCCUCUACCACGGUGCGAGCGGGCCAACGCUGCCCGCCGUCCCGGUGCCAAUAAAGCCCACCCCGUCGCUGGCCCCCGUGCCCGGUCUGACGGGGCUGCAGCCCGCUCCCGCCCAGCUGUGCGCACCGGCGUCGGUGAUGGAGAAGAGCGACCUGUUGGAGGGCAAGGGCAACGCUCUGCACCCGGCGCUGCUGCUGUCCUAAGCGCUCCACGCGUGGGUACGUUUUCAAAGUUCCAUUUUGAAGACGGACAGCCGCGUUGCGUAACAUCUGACUGAACGGGCCCGUCAAGUGCAGCUGUAGAAGAACUGUAAAAAGGUUAGCUCUGUGCAGUGUAAUGGAUUUUCAUUAGACCCAUGUUGAUUGAAAUCAUAAUUUAUUUGCACAAUUUGCGAGGGCAUUUACCACAUACUGUAAUGUGGCACUGACAAAUACAAUCAGACAAGCAGAUACGCUAAAUCCAAAGAAGGCUUUGAUUUAGGAGACAGUCCAAAUUAUUUACAAAUGCAAAUUCACAACUCUGUUUUAUAUAGUUUUUGUGCUAUUGUUCUAUUUGAUGUUAAUCUACUGCAGACUUCUCAGCUAAAGACAAAUAGGCCUGUGUGGUUUUUAUUUGGGCCUGUUGCACUUGUGUUAUAGCAGUCCACCGGACGUCUUAUGCUUGUAUUAUAAUACUAUUUAUCUGAAGAUAUUUAUAAAGAACCAAAACUUC